AUGGGUUCUGAAAUGACUGAAAUCCAGGUUGAAGUGAUUCACAAGGAAACAAUUACACCAGCAUCUCCAACUCCUCGCAACCUUACGACUUGCAACCUCUCUGUUUUUGAUCAAUUCAUAUCUGACGUCUAUGUCCGGCUACUUCUCGUCUAUCCCAGCAGUGAUGUCGCUCACCGCCAUGCUUUGUUCACUGAUAGAUCCAAGCUUCGGAAAACAUCAUUGUCUGAAGCCCUCAGUCGCUUCUAUCCCUAUGCAGGCAGAACAUUGAUCAAGAACAACAUUGUUUCAAUCUGUUGCAAUGAGCAGGGGGCUGCCUUUAUCGAAGCUCAAGUGAACUGUCCCAUAUCCAAGGUUUUGGAAAAGCCUGAUCUUGGGUUGCUGAAACAGUUGCUUCCAACUGCCACGGAAUCAACACAAGAAAGCACAGCAGGGUAUCUUCUACUAGUCCAGGCCAACUUCUUUGAAUGCGGAGGAGUUGCGAUUGGGGUAGCAUUUCACACAAGGCUGCAGAUGCCUCUACACUCGGCACGUUCAUCAGUAGCUGGGCUGCAGUGGCCCUUGGUGCAGAGGUCUAAAGCUGCAAGUGCCACUGCCCCAAAUCCCACGCGAGUUGAAGUAGUCUCUGCCCUCAUAUGGAAAUGUAAGAUGGAUGCAUCAAGAUCAAACUCGGGUUCUAUUAGUCCAUCAAUGUUGUGUCAAUGGGCGAAUAUGUGGAAAACAGAACAAAGUGAAGCAAAUGAUCUUCAAAGCUUGGUUGCUAUACUCAGGGAAGGCAUUGGGGAGUUUAAAGCCAAAUAA